CCAGAGCCGUGACCUCCCCCUAUGCCCCCUCCGGGGCCGCCCUACCCCUGAGCCCCGGCGCAGCAGCCGCCCGUUUCCCGGAGGUGGUGGCGCAGGUGUGGGACCAGAACGAUGUUCUCAGCCCUGAAGAAGCUGGUGGGCUCGGACCAGACUCCGGUCAGAGACAAGAAUAUCCCUGCGGGGCUGCAGUCCAUGAACCAGGCUCUGCAGAGGAGGUUUGCCAAGGGAGUCCAGUACAACAUGAAAAUUGUCAUCCGAGGGGACAGGAACACUGGGAAAACCACGCUCUGGCACCGACUGCAGGGAAAGAAAUUUAUUGAGGAAUAUAUCCCAACUCAGGAGAUCCAAGUCACCAGCAUCCACUGGAAUUAUAAAACCACUGACGAUAUCGUUAAAGUUGAAGUCUGGGAUGUAGUUGACAAAGGAAAGUGCAAAAAGCGAGGAGAUGGCUUGAAACUGGAAAAUGACCCUCAGGAGGCAGAGUCAGAAAUGGCUCUGGACGCAGAGUUCCUGGAUGUCUAUAAGAACUGCAAUGGCGUAGUGAUGAUGUUUGACAUCACCAAACAGUGGACGUUUAACUACAUUCUGAGGGAGCUUCCUAAAGUGCCGACCCACGUUCCAGUGUGCGUGCUUGGGAAUUACCGAGACAUGGGGGAGCACCGGGUCAUUCUGCCUGGCGACGUGCGGGACUUCAUCGACAAUCUAAACAGGCCUCCUGGCUCCUCAUAUUUUCGCUAUGCUGAGUCUUCCAUGAAGAACAGCUUUGGCCUCAAGUACCUGCACAAGUUCUUCAACAUCCCUUUCUUGCAGCUGCAGAGGGAGACGUUGCUACGGCAGCUGGAGACGAAUCAGCUGGACAUUGAUGCAACCCUGGAGGAGCUGUCAGUGCAGCAAGAGACAGAAGAUCAAAACUACGAACUCUUCCUUGAGAUGAUGGAAGCCCGAAGUCGAGGACACACAUCACCACUAACAACUAACGGGCAAAGCCCUUCCUCUGGCUCCCAGUCACCCAUAGUACCUCCAAGCUCCACGUCGACGGGCAGCUCCAGCCCCGGCACCCCACAGCUGCCGCAGCCGCUUUCCACGAGCUCCACCGUCUCUCCUGAACCGCCCCCAUCUUUUUCACCAGUGCCUGCACCCGAGGCCCAGCAGCCGCACACAUCUCCUCCAGCUACAGCCUCCCCAGCACCUCCGGCUGCCGUCCCACCACCCAAGCGCAGCAUCAUUUCACGUCUGUUUGGGACGUCUCCUGCGUCAGAGCCCUCUCCUCCCCAGCCAGAUGCUGCUGCUGCCACUCCUCCUCCCCACCCUGGAGCACCUGCGAAAGUACAGAGCGUGGAGGACUUUGUUCCCGAUGACAGCCUGGACCACAGCUUUCUAGAAGAGCCAGCCCCUCAGAAGGACAAAGGGAAAGCGCAGACCAAACACCGUGUGGACAGUGAAAGGAUCCUGAACUCCACCAAGGCUGCGUUAGACCUUCACCUUCCCAACAAGCCCCUCAUCUUCUGUGGCUGUAUGGGGGUGGUUGAAGUCCAUAAGCACCAGGACCUGUGA